AAGUGGUAGGGAUUCCUCAAGUUCAGCUGAGACAGUGCUACGGUGUGGAGAACUUUUACUGUCGGUCGUCAGAUUCUACAAAACUCGUAUCGAAAUUCUUCUUUCUUAUUUUAAAUCAUUUCAACUGUAUAAAUCAUAAACCAUGAAGAAGACAUUGUUAACGUUGUUGGGUCUGAUUGGUCUAAGUUUAGCCAUACCACGUCCGCAAGGAGACAAUUUAGAUAAUUUGAUAAGCAAUGUUUUUGGUAGACCACCAUCCUCGACUCCACCAACACCAUCAAAUACAAAUGGAGAUUUGGAUAGCCUUAUAAAUAAUAUUUAUGGUAGAAAUAAUAUCAGCACAUCACCGACUACUAUUCUUGGAAUAACAAAUCAACCUAUUAAAACAAACAGCGGUUGUGAUUGCGUUCCUUAUUAUCAAUGCAAGAAUGGUACAAUUUUGGACAAUGGAAUCGGCAUCAUUGAUAUCAGGUCCAGUUUUAACGAAAGAUUAGGAGCAUCGGAUGGGCCUUGUGAAAAUUAUUUGGACGUAUGUUGCACACCACCAAAUCGUGUGGUAGAUAAAGGAGAUUAUAGUACACCACCACCACCACAACCACAACCAAAUCCAAAUCCAAAUCCAACGGUAAGGACGAAAUGUGGUCAGAGACAUGCUAAAGGUGUUGGUUUUAGGAUUAUUGGGGAUACCAAUAACGAAGCACAGUUUGGUGAAUUCCCAUGGAUGGUAGCAAUACUUAAAGAACAAACUAUUGGACCAAAUGGAAAGAAAUUGAACGUUUAUCAAUGUGGUGGUGCACUGAUUACUCCAAAAGCUGUCCUAACAGCAGCACACUGUGUAAAAGAUGUAAAACCUUCAGAACUUCGAAUACGUGCCGGUGAAUGGGACACCCAAACCAGCAAUGAAAUUCUUCCAUAUCAAGAUCGUUCGGUUGACAAAAUUACGGUACACGAACAAUUCCAUGCCGGUGCACUUUACAACGACGUCGCUGUGGUAUUUCUUUCUCAACCUGUUGACAUAGCUGAGAACGUUGACAUCGUUUGUCUACCUGAUAAUAACGAUGUCUAUGACGGAAGUAAAUGUUUUGCCAGUGGUUGGGGCAAGGAUGUCUUUGGUAAGGAAGGCCAUUAUCAGGUGAUUUUGAAAAAAGUUGAAUUACCUAUUGUACCUCAUGAUACUUGUCAAAAUAUUUUGCGUAACUCAAGAUUAGGCAAAUAUUUCGUAUUGGAUCGUACUUUCAUUUGUGCUGGCGGUGAAAAAGGAAAAGAUACUUGCAAGGGUGACGGUGGAAGUCCAUUGGUCUGCCCAUUAAAGCAAAAUCCUAAUUAUUAUGUUCAAACUGGAAUAGUUGCAUGGGGUAUUGGCUGUGGUGAAGACGGAACUCCGGGAGUUUAUGCUAACGUUGCCGAACUUAAACAUUGGAUCGACGAACAAAUUGUUUUUAACAAUUUGGAUAAUACCGUUUAUCAAUACAACUAAUUUUAAAAGAGACUGACUAUUUCCUUUUACUUUUUAUCAGUUACUAUUGCUUUUUAUUUCUUUUUAGUUUUUCUUUGUUCAUUCCUCUUGUAUUUUAGCAAAUAAUUUUUUUUUUUUCUACAUCCAAAUCAUUUUUUUCUAUCGACAAUUUAUACACUUGUAUUUGUACAUCUCGUAUGUAACAAUGUAUUCCGUAUUAGACAAUAUAUUAAUCAUUGCUUUUCUGACGAAAUAAAACAGAAAAUGAUCGGUA